UCAGUUUGCUAACGACAGGCGUUUGAUGCGGACGCGACUAAGCAAGUAAAGAAUACGUAAAAUCUCGCGGGCAGCAAACUAACAUAACUUACAGUGAAAAAUAUUGUUUUAACCAGCCUGAUUAUGUUUUUUGUGUUUCAAUUUGUAAUAUGCGCCGGAUACCGAGUUGAAUUUUGAAAAGCUCAAAAACUAAAUCUCAAAAAUUGACCAAAAAGUCUGUCAAAAUAAAACCACAAAACUUAUUUGGGAUAAAAAAAAAAAGAAAAAAUCGACAUUAAGAAAACGAAUUCUGCAGUAGGAGUUUACAAUGAAGGGCUGGUUCGACGCAUUUCGGGAUGACGGCGGUCCAACGCUUUAUUCCUUCUCCAAUCGUACCCCAGUUACAGGCGACGUAUCGAUUGUGGCCGUAUCUGUACUUUUUGCCACAUUCUAUGUGGCAUUUCUGGUCAUAUUUCCUGGCGUAAGAAAACAGAAAUUCACAACAUUCUCAACGGUCACAUUGAGCCUCUUUGUGGGUUUGGUUAUUUUAAUUACCCGCUUGGGCUCUGCAUGGCAUGUUGCACAUGCAACCAUCAUUGCACCAUACAAAGCCUUCUCACGCGAGAAGCUGCCUGCACGAAUCGGCACCCACAUUGGACUCAUGCACGUCAAUGUAACACUAACGGCCAUACCAAUCGGCAAUUGGACUUCCCCAGAUAUUGAUUAUAAUGAGCGCUUUACAUGGGAGGGCGCCAACGAUAUGAGUGCCAAUUAUCGCCUGGCCUUGCAACGGGGAUUACCAUUUCCGAUUCUUACUGUGGCCGAGUACUUCAGUUUGGGACGAGAGGGUUUCUCAUGGGGCGGACAAUAUCGGGCAGCGGGCUACUUUGCUAGCAUUAUGUUGUGGGCAUCGUUGGCGUCGUGGCUGCUGAUGAAUCUUUUGCUGUUGGCAGUGCCCCGAUAUGGCGCCUACCUCAAGGCUCUGACAGGUGCCCUGUUGGUAUGCACAGCAGUGGGAUAUCAUUGCCUACUGCCUCAGCGGCCGCUGUGCAUAUUCCUGGAAGGAGGACGCCUGGAGUUUAGGUUCGGCUGGUGUUACUGGCUCGUCCUUGUUGCAGGAAUCCUAUGCUUCAUUGCUGGCGUGUUGAUCUCAAUUAUUGACUUGGUCUGGCCACACACUUUCUCCACCGUUUUGGAAGUUUACUAUGGCACUCCAUAUGACCGCCAUGUUAUCUUAGAGGAGUCAAGCGACGUGCGCUACCGCAAGCCGCGUAAUAGUCGUGGGUUGGAGGAUCCUCCCGGCCUUGGCUCCCGCAUACUGCGACGUCUCAGUUCCAAAGCACGUGAUAUGCAGGCCACAGCUCCUCGGCGGGGAAGUCCUGCUGGCGUUUCAAGUAAUGGCGUCGAAAACAAGGCAUUCCAAGGCGAUGCACCCAAAAGUCCCUGGCGACAUCCCUUCCGACGCGCUCAGCACUUAACACACUCCCAGCAGCCUACGCAUCACGCCGCAUUGCCACACCAACACCAACAUCCACACCAACACCAGCACCAGCACCAACAUCAUCAUCAACAACAGCUGCAAUUUGUGGGCGGAGGUCACAUUGUUGAGCAUCCUAUGCAUCACAUGCAACGCACUUUGUCCCAGGACUCUGGGUCCAGUAUUGCUUCGGCUGCAGCACAAAUUUCGCCCUUGCAUAAACAUACUUUGGCGAGAAUGUUGCCUAACCCACCUGUGGAGCGUAUUCGAGAUAUGGAUCACUGGUAAAGGCUUUUGCAACUAGAGUCUAAAGCUUAGGCUUCAUCAACAAAUUCUUGACAAGACAAAUAUAAAAUCAAAAGAAAA